AUGGACAUUCAGAAAUCGCCAAAGCCAAGCCGUCAUUUAGAUAGAGAGAGGAAACGAGCGGCUCGAGCGUGUGAUGGCUGCCGCCGCCAGAAGGAAAGAUGUGAUGGCGGCGUGCCUUGUCGGAGAUGCUUCCGGCUAGGUCGCCCAUGCGAUUUCUCGGGCAGGGCCUCAACCGAGACGGAUUCACAGACUGGCUCAGGAUUGCGCCCCGGAAGCUCCGCUGAGCAAGCAAAGCGGCUCGAGUACUUGGAGAGAAUCGUCAAGGGCUACGUCGGCAGCAAGGAUGCUUUAGAUCUCGAGACCCUCAAGGGCUUGGCUCAAGCCACAGAGAAACGUCGGAGUUCCCCUCGUCCGGCGGACGCUUCCUCUCAAUCCUCUGAAUUUGAGGGCGUGGAUGAUAAAUUUGAAAUGCGGCCCCUCCACGGCAAUGUCACACAUUAUUCCGGAGAGUUUUCGCAUUGGAACUUUUCAAUGCGGAUCAAGAACUGGAUCGAUCAGAGCGCUCCAAACGACACAUUAAAUCAUUCAUCCAAAUCCGUAACAACGUGGAAGGAAUACUACCGCGCUGAAGAGCUACAGUCACAUUCGGAUGCAAUAGGUGCAUUAUCACUUUUGCCGCCGAGACCUAUCGCUGACUUUCUCAUUUAUUCCUUCUUCAAACAUGCGCAAACCAACUAUUUCUUCGUUGAACAGAACUGGCUCAAAGCCAAGCUUGACCUCGCGUAUGAAAACUCGGCAGCAUUUUCUCGGCGGGACGUAGGAUCAAAUCCCACGGAAAAGGGACCCGAUGCAUUUACCGAAGACUCCGUUGGAAUACUCUUUUAUCAACAGGCAUGCCGACUGCUUCCAGAUGUGAUCACGGCCUCAUCGCUGGAGAGUGUCCAAGCCUGUUUAUUGCUUGGCAUAUAUACACUUCCAGUUGAUGCAUCCGGACUGUCGUACAUUUAUCUCAAUCUUGCUCUCAAACUUGCGAUACAGAACGGCAUGCAUAGGAAAUACCCCGUCGAAAAUCGAGAUGCGGAUAUUGUUGAAACUAGGAAUCGGGUUUGGUGGAGCGUGUACACUAUCGAAAAGCGUGUUGGUACCUUUCAUGGCAGACCUACAUCUAUAUCUAGUGAUGAUGUGGAUGCCGACUUUCCUGUUCAUCGCCCUGAUAUAUGGACCUCGACCUCGCAAGCCGAUACUGCACAUAUCUUGGCAACUUUAGAGCUGAAUCAGCAGCUAAGUAAAAUGUCUCGUGGAAUAGCAACCCUGAGAUCUGUGCCUAAACACGAGAUACCUGACGGACUGAAGAGGCUCGCACAGCUGCACCGUGAGCUCAAGACGUGGUGGGAUGCUCUACCGAAUGACAUAUUUUUCAAAGAAUUCACGUCCCAGUCGAAAAUUUCUCGCAAGCAUAUGCAUCUGCAAUUGGAAUAUUGUCUUGUACGCAUGUAUGUUGGUCGCGUCUUCAUCUUCCCUGAGGCAGGUUUGAGGGAUGGCAGCAGCCCGGCCACGUCUGCGAACGGACCUUCGAGUGCGACUCUGGGCAAGAAAAGCACUCGCUCAAUCUUGGUGGCCGACUGCAUCGAGGCCGCUCUGUCAGUUAUAGACACUUGUCGCUGUUUGCGAAACACGAUUGGUCUUGCUCGCGCGUCUUACACCGAAUUCAGUUCUUGUAGGGCAGCUCUUAUGGUCAUUACCACACAGUGCCUUUCUCAGAAGACAUACAUGUUCAGACAGGCUUUGCGAGAUGGGCUAUCGAUGCUAAAGGAGAUGUCAACUGGUAGUCUAUCAGCCCACUCCGAAACCUCACUGAUUGAGGCAUUUGAACAAGCCAUCGCCAACAUGAGCGCGCAGGAGCAGACAACCAGUGCCACGGUGAGCGAGUCUGAAUAUGCCAAAUUCAAAAAAUGGGAGCAGCUGUGGAAGAACGACUCGCCUACAUCAGAAACAGCAGAUGGAAGCACUCAAGGCAAACAAGCGCCAAUGGCACCCCCAGCGCUAGAGCCGCCGAAACAAAUAGGAGAUGCCCCGAAAGACGAUACCAUGAUGAUGCCGUCAAGUACCCCGUUUUUCGGUGUGGAUGGACAUUUUGCAUCAUUUCCGCAAAGUCUGGACGAAUUUUCGGCCUUCUUUGGAAAUGAGUUUGGGUCGAAUGUUGACUCUGGACAGGGUUGA